AAGGAGAGAAAACGGACAAAAGAAGAGGAAGAGGAAGAGGAGAGAGAGAGAGCGAGAGAGCGCGCCAUAUUGUCCCCACGCCCCGCACAACACACUCAUGAAAGGCCAAAAUGAGCGAUGAAGAGAGGGACAUUGACAUUGAGAGUGACGAUGACGAGUCGCUGGGUACGGCGCGGGGGGAGUUCCAGUUUGCCUCGCAGGCGGAAAAGCGCGCACACCACAACGCCCUGGAAAGGAAACGUCGCGAUCACAUAAAGGACUCAUUCUGCUCCCUGCGCGACUCUGUUCCGUCGCUGCAGGGAGAGAAGGUGAGGGAGAAGGCUAGCCGAGCGCAGAUCCUGAAGAAGGCUGCGGACUACAUUGAGUUCAUGCGACGGAAGAACUCGGCACAUCAGCAGGACAUAGACGACCUCAAAAAACAGAACAACUUGCUGGAGAACCAAAUCCGACAUAGAGGACGAGAGGUUAGCCCGGACCAGGACUUACCAAAACAACAACUGCACAUGCGUGACUCAGCUCAGCCCGGAGUUCGGUCGCUGGAGAAGACUAAGUACACAGGGAACUUCGCGGCCAUGACCAGCAACAAUAGCCUGCUCAGCUCCAAGGGCGGGUCGCUGGUGGAGUUCGACGGCUCAGGCUCGGAAACGUCGGACUCGGAGGCUUCGAACAGCGUCUGCCGGAAGAAACUCAAGACCUAACGCAGCUUGGGAUCUUUAUUAGCUUGUGUCGUGCCUCCUCCUCCUCCUCCUCCUCCUCUUUUUUUUUUCUCCAUGUCUUCCCAUUAUUCACUUUUUUUAUUAAUUUCUGUAGUAUUUUUGUGAAUUUCUCCUCCAUGUCUUCCUCCUCCUCCUCCUUCUAAUAUUUUUGCAGUUCUUUCACAUUAUUUUCUUCCUCUUCUUCUUCUACUUCAUUCUCCAGUUAAAUAUCUUUCCUUUUAAUAUUUAUGUCUAAUCCUUUCUUUAGUUUCUCCUCCUUCUCUCCCUUCUCCUUUCUUUACCUCAUUCUCCACUUCUUCCUCCUCCUCCUCCUCCACUUUCAUAUCCAUUCUUCUAAACUCCUUUCUUUCCCUCUCCCUCUUCCUCCUUUCUUUCCACAUUCCUCCCUUCUCUCCUUCCAUCUCAGGUCUCUUGUUGUGAAGGAAAAUUGUAUAAAACCAUCUUGAGGUCUUUCCAGCACUUUAUCCUUUCCCUGAGUAAUCCCUAAAAUAUCAUACCCCAUUUUCUUCCAUUUUUCACCUCCCAUUUUCUUUCCCUUCACUCCUUCCAUCCCUGGCCUCUUGUUGUGAAGGCAAAUUGUAUAAAACCAACUUGAGGUCUUUCCAACACUUUAUCCUUUUGAACUAAGUCACCCCUGGCAAGUUGUAUCCCAUUUUCUUCCAUUUUUCACCUCCCAUUUUCUUUCUCCCCUUCAUCUUCGGUCUCGAGUGAAGGAAAAUUGUAUAACGAGAUCUCGACGUUAUUUUAUCCUUCAAACUGAGUCACCCCUGGCAAGUUGUGACCCAUUUUCUUCCCUUUCCACCCCCGUUUUCUUCGCCUGGUGGGUGUGGGGGUGAGCGAGGAGGGUGUGGACAGCUGUGGGCACUGUGGUGUUGGUGCCGCGGGCCUGAAUGUACAAAUACCCAUGUUUGCAUAUAAGGUUUAAGAUAGUGUAGUUUUCCCUCCUCUCCAUGUCCUAGGUUUUCCGUUUUCUUUUUUGAUCCGUUUUUCUUUCUCGACCUUUUUUUAUUUUUAUUGUUAGUGUUUCUCGUACAUGUCCUUUUUCUUUUUUUCUCUCUCUCUCUCUCUCUCUCACUCAUUUCGAUCCAUCUCUCUCUCGUUUCCACCUCCUUCCUUCCUUUCUCUCCUUCCUUCAGCUACUUAUGUUUCCUCCUCUUCCUCCGUCCAUUCCUUCUUCCCUCUUCUCUCCCUUCCUUCCUUCCUUCCUUUACUCUCAUAUGUCAUUUCUUUCUUUUCUUCCUUCCUUCCUUAAUUCCUUCCUUCCAUUAGAAUUGGCUAGAGAAACACACACACACACACACACACACACACACACACACACACACACACACACACACACACACACACGCCACCACCGAGUUAUUUUUUUAUCUUAAUUAACAAUAUAAUUAACCUUCGGAAGCAUAAAUUAGAGACAAGUUAAUGAGUUUUUGUAUAUAUUUACUUCUUUAAUAUUUACAUAGUUCUCUGAGGCAGUGGAAGUAUGUAGUAAUUUUAUGAGUAUUUUAUUUUUUAUUUUAUUUUUAUUUUAAUGUCACUUGUUACUUUUGGGUUGUGGUUGUUUGAGAGAGAGAGAGAGAGAGAGAGAGAGAGAGAGAGAGAGAGAGAGAGAGGGACAAAGGAAAGUAGAAAGAAAAAAAGAGAGAAGGAAGGAAAGAAAAAAGAAAAAAAUGAGAGAGAGAGGAAUGAAUGAAGGAAGAAGAAAGAAAAAAAAGAAAAAGGAAUGAAUUAAAGUAGAAUGACAGAACAAGAGAGAGAAGGAAGGAAGGAAAGAAAAAAAAUGAGAGAGAGAGAGAGAGUCAUAUUGCUCUUUAGUUUCACCUUUUCUGCCGUUUAUGAAUCAUCUCGCUUAUAAUUAUUUUCCCACCAAUUUCUGAAGAGCUUUUACCGAUAAGUUACAAGUGAAAGUAAUGGUGGCGGUGGUGGUGGUGGGCUUUACACACUCUACAUCAACAACAAACAAACACACAAACAAUGAUGUAAUCCCAAACUAACCUAAAAUUAAUCAAGGCAAUCACACCCAUCUCCCAUUUUCUUUUUCAUUCCCUUAUUUCCGUCUCCCUCCUUCAUUUCGACACAUUUCCAGAUAGAUUUAUAUAUUUAUGUACAGUAUUAACGGUCGGAGAAUAAUAAAUAUUGACGUUUG